UAAAGAAAACAGCGUGUACCGUGUACGGUAUACCUUCUGCAUUCCCGCUUUUAUCCCUUUUCGAAAAUCCCACAGUCUCUCUCUCUCUCUUUGCAUCUUCUAGGGUUUUUCAAAAACACAAGCCAUUUUGCUAGAAAUGGUGACCGAUUCAUGGGGCUCCGAUGUAGUUGACCCACUUCAGGGAUACUGGGGAAUCUCUCUCUUCCCGAAGACCUUCGGAGUCUUACCUGAACCUUCAUCAAAGCCCUUCGACCCCGAUGACGACCUCCUAGCCAUCCACAGCCACCUUAAAUCCAUGGCUUUACAAAGUCCUAGUAAGCUUAAAGAACGGGCGAAAAUCAUUUUAAAUUCUGGAAAUAUGAGCUGCCAAGCAUCAAAAGAUAAAAAUGGAACUGUUCCUGCUAAGGCUGAAGAAGAUCCUCGAGAACGAAGACCAGCAUUGGGCCAUAAACGAGCUCGCUUUUCUUUGAAGCCUGAUUCCAGAGAACCUGUUGUGGGUUUGGAACCAACUUUGGACGUUAAAAAAUGGAAAAACCCGGAGGAGUUUUUCAUGGCUUAUGAAAGGCUCGAAAAUGCCAAAAGAGAAAUACAUAAGCAGCUGGGUGGCAAUCAAUCAGAUUCAGAUCAGCAUAAUCCAUCUCCAGUUGCUUCACGCCGCCGCCGACCAGGAAUUAUGCGGAGGUCAACCAAAUACAAACAUCUCUACUCUGAAGACAAUGAUAAUGUUGCAUCCUCUCAAGAGACGUUUGAAUCAAGCAUUCUCAGUCCAUCUUAUCACAGCUCACAACGAGAAAACGAUAAAAAUUUUACAUCACAAGAAAUGGAAUCAGCUGGUAAGACAGGACAUAUGAAUGACGAAAUGUUAGAAGAUCUGCUGUCUCACAAUAAUGAAGUCCUUGAAGGGGAUCAGGUUAUGAAGCUUUUACAGCAUCACUUGCACUUGCAGAUCAAGCCACUUGAUAUAGAUGAAUUAUCCCUUCCAGAUAUCCAAGAUAUUUCAAAGAUAGGUCUGAAAUCUUCAAGGGAAAACUUACCAAAGUCUAAACAUGGCUUGCCACCAAUAGAUAACAUAUUAAAAGGAAUAAACACUAAAACCCCUCUGGAGCUGAGACAUGGGACAGAAAACUGUUCAGCUUCUCCCACCCUGCUGAAGAACCCAUUUGCUUCUGUGGCAUUGUUAAACAGGAAAAUUUCUCUAACAAGUCCUGCAAGUGACCCUUUCUCACCACAUGAUAUAGAUCAGUUGCCUGGGACAGGAAACUGUUUAGCUUCUCCCACCCCGCCGAAGAGCCCAUUUGCUUCACCAGCAUUGUUAAACAGGAGAAUUUCCCGAAAAAGUCCUGCAAGUAACCCUUUUGCACCACAUGAUAUAGAUCAGUUUCCUGGCAGAGAAAACUGUAUAGCUUCUUGCACCCUGCUGAAGAGCCCAUUUGCUUCACCAGCAUUGUUAAACACGAGAAUUUCCCUAACAAGUCCAGCAAGGGAACCUUUUUCACGAUGUGAUAUAGUCCAGUUGCCUGUGACAAAUCCUUCUCCCAUUGAACAUAUAGGCAAACAACUUGGUUCGGUUGAUGUAGGCAAGCAGUCUAAUAAAAUGAAGCCACCUCUAAAUGAACAAGAUAACAAUAUUAGGUCGCAUGAGGUGGCUAUUAGAGACUUUAGUCAAGCAUCUGAAAAUUGUGUGACUGAAGAUUCAAGUAAACUAGGUGCUUUUCCCGAUGCAUCAAGCCCAUCUUAUGUCGCUGUGGAGAACCAGUUUAGAGGCAGCAACAUUGAAGGCAUAGUUAUGAAUGAAAACUUAGGCUGGUCUGAUGCUCAUGAGGAUGAGGAUACUCAAGCAAAUAGAGCCACUGUUGAAGAAAAGAUACAGGUGGAAGAUGUACCAAGGGAAACAGUGGCUUCUGCUCAGCACAAUCUUGAGAUGAUGGACUCAGUGUUGGAUAAUUCUAAUGGUAUCGAGAGUCAGUUAGCUUCACCUGAAAACCAUACAAUGGAUGGACAAUCCGGAAACCUAGACAAUGAUGCAGAACUGCAUAACGAGGUUAUAAUCGAAGAAAAAUCAAGGAUAACAGUGGAUAAGCAAAGCAAAGUGAAAUCACGUCGAUUCAAAGGACACAAAGAAAUUUCUAGGCGGAAGAGCCUUGCAGGUACAGCUUCACGUGAAAACCAUACAGCGGAUGGACAAUCCAGAACCCCAGACAAUGAUGCAGAACUGCAUAAUGAGAUAAUCCAAGAACAAUCUAGGAUAACAGUGAAUAAGCAAAGCAAAGUGAAGUCACGUCCCUCCAGAGUACCAAAAGAUAAAGAAAUUUCUAAGCGGAAGAGCCUUGCAGGUGCUGGUACAAUUUGGAAAUCCGGGUUAAGACGAAGCACCAGGAUCAGAACAAGACCCUUAGAGUAUUGGAAAGGGGAAAGAUUGUUAUAUGGGCGUAUACAUCAGAGUCUUGCGACGGUUAUAGGACUGAAGUAUGCUUCUCCUGCCAAGGACGAUGGAAAGCCCACUCUCAAGGUGAAAUCCUUCGUCUCUGAUGAAUACAAAGAACUUGUUGAGCUAGCGGCUCUGCAUUGAGUUAGACUGUACCUUGAAAGAUAUGUUACCAUGACUUUAUUUUGUUGAGUGUUCCAAUUUGGAAACUAUUCCUGUUUCUGAACUCGUCUCCAUGAAGCUAAUUUUUAAUUAUACUGUAUAAAUGCCGAGCAAUCAUGUAAGAAGCACAUGUUGGUGUCUUGAUCUUGACUGGUAAUUUCAUAACAAUAUAACAAGAUUUUUUUA